UUUGACAUCUUGUGAUACUGUUUGUGUUCAUGGGUAUCGAUGUCCUACGGAAAUGGUUGCGCACAUUAGUUAACAAUUUGUUGUAGAUUAAAAACAAUGGAUGUAAAUCACGAGAAGCACAUUCUUGUUCCUGAACAAGUAAAUAGAUGCGAGAUACCAGUAGUUAAAAGAGAUCAGUCAUCCAGAACCGACAGCUCAGAUGUCCAACAAAUAAUACUGGAGAAUGGAAUUGAUAAAUCACAGCCGCAGUCUAAAAUAUGUGUAUCGCAGGAAUCUGACAAUUCAAAAUGCACUGUCGCGCAACUAGGUGAUAGCUUUUGCAAGUCAGAUGAGACUCCAACUAAUGACAUUAAUGUUUUAGCUCGCUUAAUGAAUGAGUCGAAAUGUGCAACUCACACUGAGAAUUGUUUACCAGAUGUUGUUGAUAAAGAUGCAUACGAUACUCACUCUGACUCGAUAGAAACUCUGGAAGAAGUGAGCUCGAAUGAAGACUUGCAUGAUGAAGAGCUUAGCGAUUCGCUUGUUCAUCAAAUACAAUUAACCAAUGAACAGAAAAGCUGUGAUACAUUAAAGAAACCUGUGGUAGGUAGUGAUUGUUCAGCUCCUGGUAAAUGUGAUUCUCGUUCUGGAAAUAUAGGACAGGAUCAGUUUGGUAGCACGGACGAUAACUUUGAAAGUGACCCUAACAGUGCUAUGGUUGGAGCUGCAUGUGUGCGACCUGUCAGUCUUUCAUUGGUGAACUCUGUUCAGUCCCACAACAGAAACCGCAGUAAAAGUGAUGAUCUAGUAAAGGUCAAGGACAAGAAACAGACUGUGAGAAAGGAAUGGAUACAAAGUGAUACAAUCGAAAUACAGGCGUCGAGACACCAGGCGGAUGCAUUCAACUCGGAGGACUUCCUGUCAAAGAGUUUACCCAAGGGUAUGAUCAUGCGUAAAGGUGACCUCAUAGAGUUCGUGGCCAGCGACUUGGAGGACAAGAUCAGACACAGUAGUCCGAUAUCACUCACAGGAAGCAGUGUGAGCAGCAGAAGGUCCAGUCUGCGCAGCAUCCACAGCUUCUCCAGCUCGACAUCCACAUCGAUGGCGACGUCCACGGCGUCGGGCAUGUCGCGGUCCCCCAGUAGUCUGUACCAGCAGAGUCCGGACGAUAUUCCUCCCAUUGACCCUCUGGCCAUCAUUGACCUGGAAAACCAGGCUCGACUCGUGGCCGACAGCAUUGACCUGAUGAUGGGCAAUCUGAGAGGGAGUUUGCACAAGAUGUCUGCCAUUUCAGUUGGAUGUCUUGAUGCCUAUCAGAGGUCUGUGGAUAUCACUUGUGACUCUGUAGAUAGUAGUAUUAAGUCGAUGUAUGCUCUGAUGGCGAAGUGUGAAGAACUGAGUCACAAUAUGAAGCCUGUGUACCACAUAGCACAUCAGAUAAAAGAAAUAAAGAGACUGUUGGAUCUGUUUGAAGCUCAGUUGACGGACAAAUAAUGUUUUUGCUCAUCGCAAGAUGUUUCGAAGAAGAAUAUCGUCAUAGUGAUAAAUCCAAAGAGUAACAAAGGGGAACUGAUUUGUGUUGUAGAUGCUGGAUGCUGUAACUGUUAGCUUAUGGCCAUAUUUGAAAACAUCCAAUACUGAACCACAUAUCCUUGCAAGCUUAUUGUUGAUGUGUGAAAUAGUUGUGGUACCUUCAUACAACACAAGUAAAUACAGUCAACUUUGUUACCUUGAUGUUGCUGGUUCGAGAUAAAUAUAAAAUUAUGCCAUUGAACAACUACUUGACUUUGAAAUAUCACGGGUUCUUGAGAUUAAUGCAGGUCAAGAUAACAAAGUUAGACUGUAUUUAUUUAACGGAUAGAUUUGAAACCUGGCUUCUAAAAAUUACAAGAAUGAUAGUUUUGUUUGUGUAUCGCUCAUGCAAGCCUAGUUUUGCCUAUCACUUUUUUCAUUUGCAUAUUAAAUAUAGGGCAUAAUUUACCUGGUCCUGAUGGGUUACAUAAAAACUAAAUGGGUUUCCUGGUUUUGUUUUGCAUUCCCCAUAAAUGUAUCAUGUAAAUUUUCAUUUCUCAUGAGCUUGAAACCCAUGUAGGCCUACUACGUUUUCUCCAGCUAGUCGCCCUGUCGGCUUUACGACUAGUUACAGCAUUAUCAGCGGUGUGAAAUGAAUUUGACUUUCAGUUUUGUUGUGUGCAUUAUUUACCAGAUUCACCAUUUCAUAUGUGUGCAGUUUUGCACUCUGUUGCAUUGUCUGACGUCAUAUAACCGUAAAUAAAAUGUGUUGAGUGCGUCGUUAAAUAAAACAUUUCCUUCCUGUUGCAUUGUACAUACUAGUGAGUAUAAAACCUCCAC